AUGGAGGAGAGCGUCUACUGGCUCAUGGUGCGGCUCUUCCGGGACGUGGAGCAAUGGCACAGCAAGCCAAGGGCGGAGCGCGACGCGGACUUCCAGGUGUACGCCGGGGACAGCAGGAACGAGGCGCAGCUCGAGGCAGGCCUCACGGGCCUCUACGUGCGCAUGUCGAACGGGCGGGCGGACCUCUACUACCACUCGAACUUUCUGGAGUGCCUCAGGCUGCGCGAGCAUCCAGACGCCACGGGGUACAGGAUGCAGUGGUACCAGCGCCUGUUUGUCAUGUGCAAGCCGCGCGUCUUCCGCCAGUACUCGCGGAUCCUGGGGCUCUCCGGGACCGUCGGCAACGAGCGCGAGCAGGCCUUCCUGCGCGAGGCGUACGGCGCGCAGUUCUUCAUGGUGCCGCCCUUCCUGGAGACGUGCACGGGCGUCCAGUUCCACACCGCGCAGUGGGCGAAGAGCGAAGAGGUCUUCGAGCAGGGCGAGCUGAAGUCCGUGUCGAUGCACCCUGGGCUGUCCGGCCCUGGCGCCGUCGCCUGCGACGCCGAGGAGCAGUACCGCAUCGUCGAGACCCUGGCCUUCGAGACCCGCCGGCGCGUGCCAGUCCUGGUGAUCGCCCCCAGCCCGGAGAGCGCCGAUCUGGUCGUGGACAGGCUGCGGCAGCACGCCAGGAAGGCGCUUGUGGGGUGCAACCCCAGCGACCUGGUCAGGUCCCUCUCCCAGCGCGAGUACGACCGAGACCCGCACGUGUACAAGGAGAGCCUGCGGGCGUCCACGCGCACCGCGAGCAGGAGCUCCGUGGGCCCCAAGGAGUUCCGGAUCACGGUGACGGACCACACGGGCGCACGCGGCACGGACUACCAGAUGUUCGACGAGGACGCGGACAAGGUGGGCGGCCUCAUGCUGAUCGUGAUGAAGGUUCCGCCAUCUCAGCGAGACUGGGUGCAGUUCAAGGGGCGCACUGCGAGGCAGCACUGGCGCGGGCAGUACUGCGUGGUGCUCAACGCCGAGGACUACCGGCUGCCGGACGGGGGCGCCGGGGGAGCCCUGCCCGCGCAGGCGUACGGCGCGACGCAGGGCCGACCGUUCGUGCCGCACGACCCCGAGGGCGAGCUGGUGCAGAAGGUGUUGGCCUUCGGCACGCGCGAGUCGGAGCGGAAGCUGGACAACUGCAAGGCCGUGUACAGCGCCGGCUUCAUCGCGAACGAGGUCUGCGAGAUGGUGUGGGAGCAGAUGGGCCGGCGCGAGGCACUGCGCCGCGAGUCGGGGGACCUCCAGAGGCCGCGCGGGCUGGGCGUCGACGUGGACCUGGAGGGCCGCGGCCGCAGGGCCUUCCUGGAGCUGUGCGCCCGCUACCGCUACAUGUCCGCGGACGAGAUCGCCGACGUGGCGGGGUCCAUCGAGCUGUCGCGAUCACUGGGCAGGCUGAAUUUCGUGCUGGCCCGCGACUCCAAGGUGCCAGACAAGAGGUACGUGAAGUUGCCGAUGCCCCCUGGCAUGAGCGUACACAGGCAGAAGGCGGUGUUGUUCUUGGUGGACGUGAGCGGUUCCAUGACUGUAAACACCAUAGGCCCAACGCUGACGCGGCUCGACGUCUGCAAGACGCAGGUCAAGGAGGUCUGUCCAUCCCCGAGAGGAUCCUGUGCGACGACGACUACCUGGGCAUCGUGGCCUUCGGAGCCGGCCACCGGAAGAUCUUCCCAGACCCGCGCGCCUGGGCCCCGUGGAGCUCCCGCGUCGAGAUCGUCGGCCCCGUGGACCGGAGGGCAGUGA